AAUUGCGAAUUAAUAACGUCAAUACUGCUAUCUGUUGCCGUUGCUAAAUACUGCUAAGCCAAUACGGUGCAGCCGUUCUUCACGCAAAAGCAUGAAGCUCACGAUUUCAGAUGCUAGCCAGACAUGAAGAAAAACAAAACUUGCACCUGCGUUGACACUUGUUCCCUUGUGUAAUUUGCUAAUGUUGUACUAGACAGCGAAAAGUGUGCUCCUCUUCCCGUUGUGGCACAACGAGCCGCUGGAGAUUUCACCCUGGGAACAUGUCCGGAGUACAGAUAAUAGCAUUCGCCCUUUGUUUUUGUGGAAUAGGAGCGAUUAUUGCAGCCACGGUCUCAAACGAAUGGAAAGUCACCAGCAGGGCUUCGUCUGUGAUCACAGCGACGUGGGUCUUCCAGGGUCUCUGGAUGAAUUGUGCAGGAAAUGCUAUGGGUGCUUUUCACUGCAGACCUCACCUGACCAUCUUCAAAAUUGAGAGUUACAUCCAAGCCUGUCGAGGACUCAUGAUUGCCGCUGUCUGCCUUGGGUUCUUUGGCUCCAUCUUUGCACUGGUUGGGAUGAAGUGUACGAAAAUCGGAGGUUCGGACCAGACGAAAGCUAAAAUUGCCUGUUUAGCUGGCCUUGUUUUCAUACUGUGCGGGCUCUGUGCUAUGGCUGGUUGCUCCCUGUAUGCAAAUCGAAUCACGUCGGAAUUCUUCGAUCCCACAUAUAUUGCCCAAAAGUAUGAAUUAGGAGCAGCUUUGUUCAUUGGAUGGGCCGGAUCAGCACUUUGCAUAAUUGGCGGCAGCAUAUUCUGCUUCUCGAUUGCCGAAAACAAUAAAACUCCAAGGAUGGGAUAUACAUACAACAGAGCAGCUUCUGCGAUGUCUAUUCGAACAAAGGGCUGCAAUGGCUCAGCAGACUUAAAAAUGCCUAGAGCCCCUCCAAAGCUCUUCGACAAAAACGCUUACGUGUAACCAAAUGACUCCAAGAGUCAGCCUGUUGUUUUUUUAAACAAAAAUCACAUUUGUGCUGUUCAUUCACAGAAUGAUUUUUAAGGGAGAUUUCUGGUGUCGUUAGCACCAGAAAUAAGAAUAUUUUAUAAAUGAACUUUUACCUACUUGAUGUAAAUUUUCCUCUUCCCUCAUUUUAAGAUUUGUACUGAUAUUAUGCAUAAAUUAUAUAUGUAAAUCAUUUGCCAUUUUUUGCUUUCUGUAAAAAAAAAGAACAUAUUUACAAAUAAAGUCACGUCCUAUUGGUUAUGGCUAA